AACUGGUCAGAAUUGCGUGGACACUAGCAAUGAUGAACUGGGCAGUAGCAACACCAGAUAAGUUCUUAUGGAGCUUGACCGCCGAGACAUUGAAAGGAAAGUCACCUGUUCAUGUCAACACCGACCGGGGAAAAUCGGUCAAAAAAGGAGGGAAACGAUGUUGUAUAUCUCCGGGGCAAUACUGUGAAAUAGAAUUUGCUCACUGGAAAUGGGGUUACUGCUAAGAGAUUGAUCUGCCUGCUGGGUCGACCAUCCUACUUUUGGUUAACAUGGAGAGCCCAGCGUUCUAUUACUACAAUAUCUUAAAACUGAAAGAAAAGUCGUCAUCAUCACAUUUCAUCCCGACAGAUGUUGCAUCACAUUGAUGUGAUAACAGCGGAGGGAUAUCUGAGGAGAAAACGGCGUACCAAUAAAGCUGUGAAACGGCCGAUGUUUUCGUAUAUAUGAUAACCAUGGUAAUCAUACUCAGUUGGACCGGGGAAGGAACAGAUACCGAUGUGUGAUUGGCUGAAAAUUGAUCGAACACGCCCUAAAUAUCUUUUUCUUAUAUAUGAGUGUAAGCUGAAAUCUGUUGCUAUUGCUGAAGCAAUGGUUAAGGUCCUGUUUGUUUAGACGAGGAAUGUAAGCUAUAUUGAGAGAGCUAUGAUGGUGUCGUGGUAAUUAAUCUCACCGGAUGUGGUCAAACUCUGACAAAAACCGGAAGUAGGACUGACAGGACCAAGUCAGAAAGCACAACAUAAAAUGGCAGUAUAGAUAUCCUUUUGUUUUGUUUUUGUUUUUCUCAUUCAUGAGGUAAGUUUAUGUCCUUAAUGGUGUGUACAGUCCUUUUUAUGUUUAGCCAAGAGGAAUGUGAGAGUGGAUUAGCUGUAUUCGUCCGAUAUGUGUUUAUGUGUUAUAUGUUACCUCUUGAGUCAUGGACAUGGUUUCUCUAUUCUUUCCCAACUAUUAACACACCUUACGAAACACACACAGAAACAUUAGGGGCACUAAACUUACAAUUCAUAACCGGAAUAACAAAAUAACUCCGACCAUACCAGAGGCGAGUCGGUAACAGAGAUCUGUGGACAAAGGUUACCCCGUGGAAAUCCAUACUCUUUGACAAUUAGAUGAUAAAAGAUAUUUUGUUUUAGCUAACACGACUACUGUUCCGACAACCACGACGACCACCGUGCCACCAACUGGUUGUCCGACUGUAUCUGCAGCACCUGCCGAAAGACCAUGGUUACCGUUGUACAGUGCGUGCGGCGAGCAGGGUCAGAGUGGGCGGUGCAGAGCCCACAAAAGUGCCUGUAUGCCCGACAACAGUGGCGUAUGGAAAUGCAGUUGCGUCCCCGGAUAUGUCGAGAAGGGAGAUAACUGUAGUAAAUUACCAGACGGGAUAUUCAGUGAUUCCGAGAUGGCCACUACAAUACCUGCAACUGCUCCUGUAGGCCACACAGUACUGACGACUACAUUUUCACAAAUUCUGGACAUCUGUACCACGAACCCGGAAGUGACUUUGGUUGGCGACACCAGUCUGUUUAAAGCUGAGGUCGAUUCUUGUCAGACUUUAACCAUUAGCACCUUAUCAACUCUUCCGCUUGAGUCCAGCGUCAGAAAACUAAUGGUGAAAGCUAAAUUUGAAAACGGAGUCAAUGUUAUUAUGGAUGCAAUCUUCGUAACGGUCACCAUUCAAAGGACAGGAGGCAGCGUUGUUGUGGUUUUGCCAGAUAUGACAUUUUCUGAUCAUCUUGUAACAGCCGUAGCACCUGGCUCGACUCUUUCUCUUUCGAAUUCCGACUACAUGACGAUAGGCUCUAAUGGAGCGGUCUACACAACACAACAGCUGAGCGUAGACGCCAUUUCAUCUGAAUCUGUCGAAGCUGCAGUGCCUCUGACUACAAACAUCCAACGCCGUGAUGGAACUUCAACAUCAACUACAAGUUUGACUGCUGUGAUUCUGAAAACAGAUAUCAAAACAGAACUUUCGGAAGAUAAGGCAAAUGACUACAUUGUUGCCUCUUUUAAGCGCUUACACCAGUCUUCUUUGAACGUAAGUGUAACCUCUGACUUGAAUAACAACAUUUUUGCAUUUGAUGGCACCGUAUUAAAGGUUCAGAACUCGGUACUACUAGACUACGAUAAUGGAGAGAGAAGUUUCACGUUCAGGAUGAUCGUGAGGAUUACCAUAGAUACUGACGUCAUCAUCAUCCCUGUCACAGUGGAAAUAGAGGUGCUGCCUGUCAAUGAUAACACUCCAGAUUUUAUCACAGAAUUGGGCCAACCUACAAACCAAUACACCUUCGUAGUGUUCCCCACUCAGCUGUCAAGUGUCGUGUGUGGAGCAGUGAGGGCCAGGGACGCCGACUCCGGAUCGCAGCUUACCUACACUCUAGAUCAGCAAUCCGGUAUGACGAACUACUUCUCAGUUGGGCAGAAUGACGGCAUUGUAACCACACUGGUGAAAACAGACAGCAUUCCGUUUAUCAACGACACGAUUAUAAGUAAUGCCAUGUAUGUCACAUUCCCGGUACAGGUUCAAGAUGAGAAUAUCCUUCACACCGAUACAGCCACAAUCACUGUGAGUCUAAGGCAAACGCCUGAGCGUAAUCUUGGACACAGUUUCAACAAAAGCAUCCUAGAGGACGCGUCUUUGCAAACAUCAGUAAUAUCUGUUUACCGGAAUGGGUACAGAAACUACGAGUUUGCCAGUCUCACUGGCUCAUCUCUAUUCUUUUCACUUGACACUUUCUCGGGCCAGGUAUCCGUGAGCCGGUCCCUAGAUCGAGAAACCAAAGACAGCUAUAAAUUUUCUGUGACAGCAAUUGAAGAACAAAGCCAGACUUGUGCCCUUGUUGUGUUGGGAGACUUAACCAUUACUAUAUUGGAUGCCAAUGACAAUCCCCCAGUGUUUGACAGGACAAGCUACUACGGAAAAGUGGAUGAGAAUAUGCCAUCAAAUACUAAAGUUAAGAUUGGUUUCCCAAUAACUGCCACCGACAAGGACACGGGAGGGUUCACAUUCAGAAUCACACAGGAAAGCAGCUUCUUCAGCAUUUCCCAAUCUGGGGAAAUUUCAACGCGUCAGACGUUUGAUAGAGAAACAAAGAGUAUUUACAUGGUAGAAGUCACGGCUGAUGACGGUAAAAACACCAACCAAGCCAUGGUCAAUGUGACUAUAGGGGACCGAAAUGAUAAUAGUCCUGUUUUUUCUUCGUCAUCAUACAGUAGGACUAUCCAGGAAGGAGCAACCAAUAUAAUCCUGACGAUAGCUGCUACAGAUGCUGAUAUCGGUGAUAAUGCAGACCUUUCCUACCUACUUAAUGGCGGUGGUGAUGCGUUCGUUAUUGGCUAUGAGAGUGGAGUUAUCUCUGCUCCCACUGUUCUCGAUAGGGAGGAGCAGUCAUCAUAUAGCCUUGUAGUCACGGCAAUAGACGGUGGGGACCCCCCACAAAGCUCCACGGCGACUGUCAUUGUCAGUGUGGCUGAUGUGAAUGAUAAUUCUCCAGAGUUUCUGCCAAGCUCCCUUGUGAUAACAACUGAUGAAGAAGUGUCGUGUGUAAAUCCUAUAGGGAACGUUAGUGCGAGCGAUAAAGACGACAACGAUGUUCUCAGAUACAGCUCAUCAGAUAAUCAAUUCAAUGUGGACGCUACUAGCGGAGAAAUCAGAUGUAAGGGAAGGCUGGACUACGAGGCAAAACACCAGUUUAACAUGAUUGUGAUUGUGGGAGACACCGGAACUAACCCCCUCCAGACAACAGCUACGGUAGUUAUCAGACUGCGAGAUAUCAAUGACAACACACCAAGCAUCACUCAUCCUGGUGCUGCGAGUCUACAGCAAAAUGAUUUUUCAACGGUCAAGCCAGUAAUGGUUGUUGAUGCUGAAGAUAAAGACUCAGGUAAUAAUGGCGAAGUGUCGUUUGUUUUAACUGGGUCAAACCUGGUCACCAUUGACGACAACGGCAUUAUCAGUACCGUACAAAUGGUGCCACCUCCUGAUGCUGCCACGUACACCGCAGUAGUGACUGUGACGGAUAAAGGAAUACCACCUCUGGCUUUCACAUCAACCGUAACGCUACAGGUGAACGCGGACACGACUGUGGACCUCAAGUUCCUUCAACAACAACACAUGUUUACAGUUUCAGAGGAGCAAGCUCUAAACACUGUUGUGGGGGAUGUGAGUCAAAGCUUGGAUAACCCAAAGGGCCUUACCGCAAAGUACGACAUUCCAAACCCUACUGGAAAAUUUGCAGUUAACACUGACACUGGUGUGAUCAGUACAAAAUUUGUUUUUGAUCGAGAAUCAGAAGCAGGACACAUUGUCGUUGUUCGUGUUCGAGCUGAUGGUGCAACGGUUGGAGAUUUAACGCUGGUGAACGUGAGUAUUGCGGACACAAAUGACCACAGUCCAGUAUUUUUGAGGGACAAAUAUAGGUUGAUUGUAGAAGAGAAUGUAGCUCUCAGUUCGGUCAUCACCACAAUAAUUGCAACUGACGAAGACGUCGGCGUUAAUGCGGAAACAUACUUCUCUCUUUACAAUAGUGCCAAAUCUGUAUGCAGGCAGGACUUCACCAUCGAUGAAAUGAAUGGAGAACUGAGUGUCGUAAAGACUCUUGACUAUGAAACGUACAGGGCAUGUCAGUUCACAGUGCGGGCGUUUGACAGAAGUUCCUCCCCUCGAACUUCCAGUAUUGAGGUGGAUGUCACAAUCACUGAUGUCAACGAUAACAGUCCUACAUUUUCGGAAAGUACCUACCGCAUUGAAGUCGCGGAAAACAUACGAUCCGAGACGAGUGUAUUUGGCACUGUCAGUGAUGCAGACUCGAAUGAAAACGGAAGAAUAGAACUGUCAGAUUCUAACACUGGCGGAUGUCCUUUUAGGAUUAAAACUGACACAACUUCACUUAUAAUGACAUUAAGCGGUGAUAUAGACUACGAAACACAAACUUCAUACACGUGCUUCAUUGUGGCAACUGACAUGGCGAAGUCAAACCGAAGAACAAGCAGCGCCACGGUCUAUGUCAAUAUCACUGACGUCAACGAUAACGCGCCUGUCUUUGACAAGCAAUCAUACGAGGUCAACAUAUCUCGUGACUUCAGCUCCGGGGAAAACGUCAUCGUCGUCAUGGCAACAGAUGCAGAUUCUGGUUUAAAUAAACGAAUACAGUAUAUUUUAACAGGUGACGAGGGUUACCUGUCUAUAAACCCUAACACUGGACAGGUGAAUAUUGCCAAGUCCCUGUAUGACUACAGACGUGACACUAUGGUGACCUUAGUGACCGCCAUUGACCAGCUGCCCGGAGCCUCUGACCGUCUGUCAUCCUCUGUAACGCUGACCAUCAACAUUGAUGAUGCCAAUGUUCGACCCAAUUUUCCAAUGUUAAUAGUCAACAAUCUGGAACUCCGCGAGGAGACUGAGAUCACUGGGGUAUUUUACACGGUCACAGCAAACGACUGGGACGGCACCACAAACCGGAAGUGUUCUUGUUCCUACAGACUCGAAAACCCGUCAAGUGUAUUCGAGAUAGAUUCCCAGACUGGAGAGAUAAGUAUGAAAGCAGGCUCGUCUUUGGACAGAGAACGUGACGGGUCGUAUUACAGCAUUGGCAUCAUAGCCCGUGACCAGGGAUCUCCGCCAAAGGAUUCAGAAACAUUGAUUUUAAACAUGACUGUCCUUGACAUCAACGACCAAGCACCACAAUUCCGUUACAGCACUAUUCGCACAUUCAAGAUAUAUCAGACCCAUCCGUCUGGAUCAUCGAUAGGUACCGUAACCGCUGAGGAUAUGGACGGUAGUGAAUUCAGCAAGACGUUGUACAAUGUCACAGAUUUAUUCUACUCUGCAUCAGGAACCUUUAGCGACAGGGAUACGUCAGUGUUUGGGUCAAAAACGAUAGUGGUUGAUUCUAACAACGGGACACUUCGUACAACACGGAGUCUCGAGCUCAUUGGACAGACUUCAACCUUCUACAUAAUGAUAACGGUUGAAGCAGUCGACAAAGGUGAUCCUUCUAUGAGGGAUUCGACCCCAGUCAUAAUAGAAGUGACAUAUGAAGAUCCAAAUCAACAUUUUCCGGUUUUCUCUCAAGAUCUGUACCAAACAGAAAUCCCAAGAAGUCACUCUCUUAAUGAAGUUAUAUUGCGAGUGACAGCAUCAGAUGCAGACGCAGCCCCUAAAAAUGCCAUAAGUUACAGCAUCAUAGCAGGAAAUUAUAGGGAUCUGAUGACGGUAGAUCCGGUAACUGGUGACAUUAAACUCGCCUAUUUAAUAGAUGAGAAGUUUAAUACUUCAAAAUUGAAUUUAACUGUGAGAGCUUCCGACAGUGGCGAUGUUCCCAAAUACAGUUCAAGUAUUGUAAAGAUUACCUUGUCCGGGGAAUACGUAUCAUGCUUUACCGCUGAAAUGAGAACUGAAAUCGUAGCAGAAAAAGAUUUGUUUUUCGGUGUUAUGAUUGGACUGGUUGGGGCACUAUGCAUAGCCAUUGGAUUGUGCCUCGUCUUCAUCUACAAAUACCGCACUGCAGCUAAACAGCUGGAUGUUUAUAACCCAAGCAGAAACAAGAAGAAUGAGAUGACAUACCAGGAUUUAAGGCCACCAAGCGAACAACAAGAGCACGAGUACACGAGUAAUGAAGGUUUCGUACCUACCCAUCCGCAUACGGGUGAUCCCGGAACUAAAGACUUAAAUCACCCGUAUAUGUCAAUAAAGGAAGCUAAGGGGUCGUCUGGAGACCCACCACAAACAAGCCCUUAUGCAUCUUUAAACGAAACGCCACACACGGCGAUUAUGAAUCCAGCAUUUGCAGCAAGUGCAGACGAUGUUUUAGUUACAGUACCACAUCAACAGGUAUAAUAGCCAUUUCUGUUCACAAAAUCUGACGGAGUCCAACCCAAUACGGAUUAUACAUAGAACACGACUCGGUCUAGUGGACAUAGAUAUCUUAUUUUACAGUAAGAGGAAACCAAACAUCAUUGUAUCAUGUGUUAUCGGGAAAAUAUUCAUUAAAAAUCAUCAGAAACACAUGCCAUCAUGCUUGUGACAAUCGAAGAACGCUCGGUACAUUCUGUGAACAUUGGCAUGGGCAUCCAUGAUGUAUCCCAUGGUUUUGUAUGUUAAUCUGAAAAAAAAACCUUAUAAUGUUUAACUAACAACAACGGCAAUAGUAUUAUGUACAUGUGCUGUAUGUUGUACAUUUUCAUCAUGAUCACCAUUCAUAUGAGCAUAAGUUAAUAGACGCAAACUUCAAAAUAAAAAGCAAUAAAACAAUGUUUUCCUUUGA